GUUGCGUGCUUUAAAGCGCUAAAACGAAACAAUCAAAACCCCUCAUUCCCUCUGAAUUCCCUUUUUUCUCAUAAAAAAGGAAAAAUCGAAAUGUUGAAUUCGCAGUCAGAUUCGAGCGUUUUCAGCGUUCGAAUCGUGUCCAUCGAUCAUUACAUGGCACCGCCAAUCCCUGGCUUCGAUGUUUGCUACAGUAGCUUUCGAGGUGAAAAAGUUAAUGAAGUUCCAGUUAUUCGAAUUUAUGGUUCGACACCGGCUGGUCAGAAGACUUGUUUGCAUGUUCAUAGAGCUUUGCCCUAUUUAUAUGUUCCAUUGGCAGAUAUGUUACCUCAGAGCACUCGUAUACUCCAAGAAGCAGGUGAUGAAUGCACACAUGGCUUAGCUCUUGCCUUAGAAAAAGCCUUGAAGCUUAAAGGUGGUGCUGGUUCGAAACGGCAGCAUGUCCAUGGCUGCAGCCUUGUACGAGCAAAGAAAUUUUAUGGUUAUCAUUCAUCUGAGGAGCUAUUUGUGAAGAUUCAUCUCUACUAUCCACAUGAUGUCUCUCGUGCUGCCAAUCUUCUUUUGGCAGGUGCCGUGCUGGAUAAAAUCUUACAGCCUCAUGAAUCGCACAUUCCAUUUAUUCUCCAGUUUCUUGUGGAUUACAACUUGUAUGGGAUGGGUCAUCUUCAUUUAUCAGGGAUGAAGUUUCGUAAUCCCAUACCUGAUCUUUUCCAUCCAAGAAAAUUUAAUUGCUAUGGUCAACAUGAGCAGAAGGUGGAUCACUUGACAUCAGGUUCUGGUGGUUUCCAGGCAGAUUCAAGUUCUGAUGUGUGCUUAAGUUCUCCAAUUUGGAUAUCUUCCACAAUUCCAAGUGAAUGGAUGUGGCAUGUUCCAAAUGAACUUGAUGAAUCUUCAGUCCAGGACAUUUGCAAUGUUAAACGUCAAAGUUUAUGUGAACUUGAGGGAGAUACUACUAUAGAUGACAUUCUUAACCACCAAUUCAAAAUAUAUACAUCUCUAUCACAGACCUCUACCGAUGUGAAAAUGGUUCAGUCACUUAUUCCGAUUUGGGAGGAGGAGUAUAAAAGGACAGGGAUGCAUGAGAGAGUUCUACUAUCUGACCCUGACAAGCCACUUCCAGAAGAUGUUCUAAAAGCUCUCUCACUUGGUCUUGGAUUUGACAACAAACUAAUGGAAUUGUGCAGCAAAGCUGAAAAUUUGCCUUGCAGUGACUUGGGAUUUGAACACUCAGUCCUGCCUUCAGCUGAUGAUGGAAAUUUGGUUGGACAUACACAUAUCAAUUCAGAGCAUAAUGUUCCACAAGCUCGGAGUUGUUCGAAAGAACAAAACCAGCUAGGAUCUCUCCCUCAACACUGUAAGCCAUGUGAAAAGGAGAUGAAUACUGCAUUAUCUGAAGACAAAGAUGUAUCUCCUGUACUACUGUCUGUUGGUGAAAUUCAUUCAUCGGAAACGCUACUGCCCUCUAACUCAAAGGCUACAGAUACAGAAGCUUUGGGGCUUUUGAGGUGGCUUGCCACUUCUCAUGCUGCUGAAGAUAUAAACUCAGAUGAUGAGCUUGUUCGUGAGUCUAUUCUGACUCCUUUGUUACCUGCAACAACCAUUGAUAAAGUGCUAGAGAAAGCCAGUAUAGAUUAUGAGAGUGAAUCACAGAAGGAAUGUCAGGAUAUUCUUGAUUCGGUUGAGGAUUUAAUCGAAUUUGAGGGUCUGAAGGAUAGAACUUACAAUUCUUUUGAUCAAACCCAAGUCUCAUCAGGCAAAACUAUUCCCCAACUAUAUGGUUCCAGUGAUGAUCUACCUUUAUCACCCUCUGCAGGAUCAGUUACAAAUUCAUCAAAAAGAGACAUAAAAACUGAUUAUAAGAAGUCUUCACAGGAUAGUGAUAAAACAUUAAGUAUCAAACGCAAAAGGAAAAUAUCUUUAUGGGGCUCUUUACCUCUUUCCGUGACAGAAAAGGGGAAGGAUAACUUGAAUAGUGUUGGUUUCAACAUUACUGAAGCAUGUGCAGAUGAAAUUAAAGAAUAUUUAGGCAAAAGUUUCCCAGCUGAAAAUAAUUUGGGGAAAACUUCAAAUCGUUUAAAUGUAAAUAUAGAUGCCAACGAUUGCAAUAAAACAGAAGCAAGCACAUUAGUUGAAUGCUCUGUACGGGAUUUGAUGAGAAAAAAGCGAAGCCGCCACAUUGAGUCUGCUGAUUGUGGAUUUGUUAGGAGUGAAAGUGUUCAUCUGAAGGGGGAAAAGGAAACACCUAAUUUCUUUUGCCCAAAACAAUUAGAUUUUCAUGAGUUACAUGAUAAGCUUGACAAGAAGGCCCCUGGUUCUCUCAACCAUAGGCCAUCAAUUACCAAUGUACAAGAAGAACUUCAGGAGGCCGUUGGCUUCAAACCUACCCAUUCUGAUCCAACAGAUUGUAUUCUACCCCAGAUUUCUGGCGUUUAUAAUCCACCACAGGCUAACACAGGCAAUCGUGAACAAAUGGGUAAGACAUCAACAGUGAAGCUUUACCCGGAGAAACAUGACUCAGCAAUUUCUAUUAGCCCUUGUGAAACUUGUAACAGUAAAAAGUUUGACCUUCUAGCAGCUUCUGUAGAACCCGUAACUCCUGAUGCAGACACUUUACAAUCCCAUAAGGAGAUAGUUUCUCCUGAUGAGAGAAUGCAGCAAAUAGGGACUAGUGGCUCUUGGUGUUUGUCAGUGUCUUCAUGUAAGCAUGAAGUGCUUGGAAUGGAUGGUUACAUUCUCAAAGAUUACAACGCGAGUGGAACUUCCUUAUCUACUGACAAACUUAUGCUCAUGGAUGCAAUGACUGACAAAAAAGAUUUGCAGAAUGAAGAUUGUGGUGGUGGUCCUGGUGGACAACAUGGCCCCCAUACUGGUUUGGCUGUUGACAAUGAGGAAAAACCUGUGGAGUUAGUUGGCAUGAGCUUCUGCAGGAGACCCCCAGCAGCAGAUUGGAAUGAAGGAACUACUGAAAAUGUUUCACAUACACAAACUACCAGAUAUUGGCCUCCAGUUUUUAUUGAGGAGAAUUAUCAAGUAGCAUCAGGGAGAGCUUUGGAUGAGAUUCUCCCUUUUUUUUCAGGGGACAGAGAAGAGACGGAAAGUCAAAACAACUUCAUUGAAAAUAAGAACUCUAAAUUUCAAGAAGCUGCCUUGGGCGUCCCUACUCACUAUCAAAAUGAUGGGUCUUUCUUGUACCUGUUAACACCUGUGUUUUCACCCCCUUCUGCAGAUUCUGUGUAUGGAUGGCUGUCAUGUGUUGACAAAGGAGCUUCUAAACAGAGAAAUGCACUAUCAGCAGAGUCUCCACCUUUAACAGGCUCUUCUGAGUGUCUGAUUGCCCUAGAAAACUCUUUGCCUGUUAACUAUAAUGAGGAUUUGAUUGAAACCACUUCUAAAUAUCACACGGGACCAAUCUGGGAACAAGGGCAUCCAGAGAAGAAUGUGGUCCUUGGUUCAGAAGUGAAGCCUUGCUGUGAUGAAUCAACAUGUCUAAGUGAGGGAAAAGUUACGAAAGUUAAUUCAUGCAGCAAUGGCUCACAAGAUCUGUCUCAGAUUUCAGGUCCAGAUGGAAAAUCCAUGCCCACUCCGCUAAGCAAAAUUGGAUUUCGAGAUCCUGCAAGUGUCGGUGCUGGGCAGCAGCUUACAGUGUUAAGCUUGGAGGUUCACACAGAAUCCAGAGGAGAUCUACGACCUGAUCCUCGAUUUGAUGCCAUUAAUGUCAUAGCUCUUGCAAUUCAGAAUGACAAUGAUUAUGUGACUGAAGUUUAUGUGCUUUUGUAUAGUAACACUGGAUUCUGUCAGAGGAGUCUUGAUGGAAUAUCUGGGUUUAAAGUGUUUGUUUUUGAUGAGGAGAAGCACUUAUUUGGUCAGUUUAUGAAGGUUUUAUGUUCUCUUGAUCCUGAUUUUUUAAUGGGUUGGGAUGUACAAGGUAGUUCUCUUGGUUUUCUAGCUGAAAGAGCUUCAUAUCUCGGCAUAGGAUUGCUUAAUGAAAUAUCUAGGACACCAUCUGAAACCAAGAUAAAAGCUGAAGAAACUAACAUAUCUGAAGAGGGUUUAGAAGAUGAAUUGUUGCUUAAGCCAUUGGUUGCUGAUAAUAUUGUGACUGAAGAUGCAAUAAUAGAGGAUGAAUGGGGCCGAACUCAUGCAAGUGGUGUCCAUGUUGGUGGCAGAAUUGUCCUCAAUGUCUGGCGGUUAAUGCGUAGUGAAGUUAAACUUAAUAUGUAUACAGUUGAAGCUGUAGCCGAAUCUGUUUUGGGGCGAAAAAUUCCAUCGAUUUCUUAUAAAGUAUUGACAAAAUGGUUUUCAAGUGGUCCUGCACAGGCAAGGUACAGAUGUGUUGAAUAUGUUGUUGAAAGGGCAAAGUUGAAUUUAGAGAUGAUGAAUCAACUUGAUAUGAUAAAUCGAACAUCAGAACUUGCUCGUGUUUUUGGCAUCGAUUUCUUUUCUGUUCUCUCUCGAGGUUCUCAGUUUCGUGUUGAAUCCAUGUUUCUGAGGUUGGCACAUACGCAGAAUUAUCUUGCUGUUUCUCCUGGAAAUCAGCAGGUUGCUUGUCAACCUGCGAUGGAGUGUUUGCCUCUUGUGAUGGAACCUGAAUCUGGCUUCUAUGCAGAUCCAGUUGUUGUGUUGGACUUUCAGUCUCUUUAUCCAUCGAUGAUAAUUGCUUACAAUCUUUGCUUUUGUACAUGCCUUGGAAAAAUUGCAAGUUCUGAAGUAAAUACUCUUGGGGUUAGCUCAUAUGCACCAGAUCCAAAUGUUUUGCGGGAUUUAAAAGACCAACUGCUGCUUACAUCAAAUGGUGUUAUGUAUGUGCCUUCAAAGGUACGCAAAGGAGUUCUUCCUCGCUUACUGGAGGAAAUAUUAUCAACCAGAAUAAUGGUGAAACAAGCAAUGAAGAAUUUGACUCCUUCACAGAAAGUUCUUCAGAGGAUAUUCAAUGCAAGACAGCUUGCUUUGAAGCUGAUAGCAAAUGUAACAUAUGGUUAUACUGCUGCUGGAUUUAGUGGUCGCAUGCCUUGUGCGGAGCUUGCAGACAGUAUUGUUCAAUGUGGUCGUGGCACACUUGAAAAAGCUAUUUCCUACGUACAUGCACAUGAGAAAUGGAAGGCUAAUGUCAUAUAUGGUGACACUGACAGCAUGUUUGUCCUCCUUAAGGGGCGCACUGUCGAGGAAUCAUUCAAAAUAGGGCAUGAGAUUGCAACUGCAAUAACUGCAAUGAACCCAUAUCCAGUUACACUGAAAAUGGAGAAAGUCUAUCACCCAUGUUUUCUCCUUACUAAGAAGCGCUAUGUUGGCUAUAGUUAUGAGAGCCCCGGCCAAGUCAAACCUAUUUUUGAUGCUAAAGGCAUUGAGACAGUUCGCAGAGAUACUUGUGGUGCUGUUGCGAAGACAUUGGAACAGUCAUUGAAACUCUUUUUUGAGCAUCAAGAUAUAUCAAAGGUUAGAGCAUAUUUGCAUCGUCAAUGGACAAGGAUUUUGUCUGGUAGGGUUUCGCUUCAGGAUUUUGUUUUUGCAAAAGAAGUUCGCUUGGGAACCUAUAGUACAAAAGUAAGUUCUCUACCACCAGCAGCAAUUGUGGCAGCUAAAGCAAUGAGAGCAGAUCCCAGAGCAGAACCACGAUAUGCAGAGCGAGUACCCUAUGUUGUUAUCCACGGGGAGCCUGGGGCUCGCCUGGUUGACAUGGUGGUUGAUCCAUUGGAAAUUUUGGCUGUUAACUCCCCAUACAGAUUAAAUGAUUUGUAUUACAUCAACAAACAGAUAAUCCCAGCAUUGCAGAGAGUUUUUGGGCUUGUUGGUGGUGACUUGAACCGAUGGUUCUCAGAAAUGCCCCGCCCUGCCAGGGAAGCUUUUGGUAAAUGUGGUGUACAUGCUCUAAAUCCACAGCGAACAAGAAUUGAUUACUAUUAUCUUUCAAAACAUUGUAUACUCUGCGGUGAAUUGGUUCAAGCAUCAACCCAUCUGUGUAGUAAAUGUUCUGAAAACAAAACUGCAGUUGUAGCUGCUAUAACUGGGAGGACAUCGAAACUAGAGAGAGAAAUGCAGCACCUUGUUGCUAUAUGCCGACACUGUGGAGGAGGGGACUGGCUUGUGGAGAGUGGGGUAAAGUGCAAUUCACUAGCGUGCUCGGUUUUCUAUGAGAGGCGUAAAGUUCAGAAGGAACUUCAAGGUCUGUCUGCCGUUGCCACUGAUAAAGGUUUCUAUCCCAAGUGUAUGGUGGAGUGGUUUUAAACUCAGUUCUUCUCACAUGAACUCAAUAAGGUCACGGUUCUCUCUAACACGUUCUCAGGUUUCAUAUAGCUGACUCUUUUACAUUUACACACGAUAGUAAAUUUGUAAUUAUUGUAUAUUUUCUGAUGUAAAAUUGUAAAGUAAAAUUUAACAUUCAGUAGCACUCUGCCUGGUUGGUUUUGUUGUUUAUUUCCUCAUGAAUGAUGUAAAAAUGAUAAUGAUAGGGAAAAGAAAAGUUCCUCA